AUGAGUGAUGUAUACGGCGGCGGCUGCGUGCCGCCGAUCGAUCGCGCGGCGCCGCGGCGGCUCGCCGCCCGCAUUCGCAAAUACGGACCAACCAGCAUUGGCGGUGGGGUGGGUGGUGGGUGCGCGAGCCGCAGUGUGCGGCGCGCCUCCACGCCGACCGACCGUCUCGACACAGCAGCCAUGCGCGGAGUGCUACUCGCGCUGCUGGGCGCCGUCGCGCUGAGCCUGCCCGCCGCCGCGCGCCGUUCCGACCAGGACUUCGAGUUCGACGAUGAUGUGGAGGGCACGGCGCGGCGCCCGCGGCGGUACCUGUUCGACCCGAACAGCCCGCUGUGCCGCGCGCUGGUGUGCGCGCGCCGCGAGCAGUGCGUGCUGCGCGACGAGCGCACCGCGCUCUGCGCAGACCGCGCGCGUCUCCUGCGUAACGGAGACGUGGUGGUGAACGCGGACUCGGAAGCGGCCCGCGAGGACGACGUGUUCUACGAGUCGUCCGCACCCGCACCCGCGGGCGGGAGCGGGAGCGGGAGCGGCGGCGACGAGCGCUGCGUCGGCUGCGGCUCCGUGCCAAGGGCACAGUUCCUAUGCGGCUCCGACAACCGCACAUACUCAUCUCUGUGCCGGCUCGACCUGCACAACUGCGUGCGUCGCCCCGCGCCACCCGUGGCGCUCGCGUGCCGCGGGUUCUGUCCCUGUCGCCACCGCACACCGGACUCCUCUGAACAUGAGGAGUGGCACCGCCGCGGCCGCCGCCGCGGUCGCCGGCCGGCCUCGCGCGCCGGCGCCGGCCCCGAGCGGCGCCGCGAGCGCCCCGCCGGCGCCACCGCCCCCGCCCCCGCCCCCGCCGAGCCCGCCGCCGAGGGCUGCGCGCCCGACAAGAUGGCCGACCGGCUGCUCGACUGGUUCUCCGUGCUGAUGGACGAGGCUGGGGAAUCGCCGCCGGACCGCCACGGGUUCCCUCGUGACUGCAAGCCGGAGACGCGCUGGAUGUUCGCGCACCUCGACACCGACGGUGACGGGAUGUUGUCGUCCACCGAACUGUACGCGCUUAGGCACGACUCGCGCGAGCGCUGCCUGCGGCCGUUCCUGUCGGGCUGCGGCGCCGGCCGGGCGGGCUGGUGCGGCUGUCUGCGCCGAGCCACGCGACCCUGCCUCGCCCUGGCUAGAGCACACGCGGCCAGGGCGGCGGGGGGAUACGUGCCCGCCUGCGACGCGGCCGGCUACUACCGGCCCAGCACACGCGGCCAGGGCGGCGGGGGGAUACGUGCCCGCCUGCGACGCGGCCGGCUACUACCGGCCCAGGUAACAUACUAUACAGGCUGGUGCGGCUGUCUGCGCCGAGCCACGCGACCCUGCCUCGCCCUGGCUAGAGCACACGCGGCCAGGGCGGCGGGGGGAUACGUGCCCGCCUGCGACGCGGCCGGCUACUACCGGCCCAGGCAGUGCCACGCCGCGCUGGGCGUGUGCUGGUGCGUGGACGCGCACGGGCAGGAGCUGUCCGGCUCGAGGGGCAAGGGCGCGCCGCAGUGUCCCGGCGAAAAGCUGUCAGCGAACGCUAUCAGCUUGAGCAACGAGACGGGCGAAGACGCGCAAGAAGCGCAGGAGCGAGCGCUGGACCCCGCCCCCCUCGACGCGGCCCCCGCCCCCGCCCCCGCCUCGCGCGGCGCGCCCGCCGACGACGAGGACGAGGACGCGCUCGCGCUUGGCGCCGGCAGCGGCGACGCCGAGCUGCGCUUCUGAACGUGAACACUCAACACCAAGCGCGACCGACACCGUACACACUACCCCACCACACCGGGACCGUUGUUAUAUUAUUGCCCCCGCCCCCCUCGCCCCCGCCUCGCGCCCGCCGACGACGAGGACGAGGAC